AAAUCCCAUAACUCUCCAAAUCUAUAUCAACGCCAUAGAAUGAGAUCUCUCCUCUUCUCAUUCCUCGUCUUCUCCACACUCUUCUUCCUACCUGUCCGCUCCGACGAUGAGGAAGACAGCGAAUGCGUCUACACAUUCUACGUCAAGACUGGAUACGGGUUCAAAUCUGGGACCGACUCCAAGAUCAGUGUCUCGAUCGGCGACCCGAUGGGCCGCUCUGCCUGGAUCCCGAACCUCCAGCAGUGGGGGCUGAUGGGCCCGGGCCACGACUAUUACGAGCGGGGACACGUGGACAUCUUCAGCGGGCGGGCGCCGUGCAUCGGCGCUCCCAUUUGUCGCCUCAACCUCACCUCCGACGGGUCUGGGUCCCACCACGGGUGGUACUGCGACUACGUGGAGGUCACCUUCACCGGGGCCCACAAGCAGUGCCGCCAGACCAUCUUCUACGUGGAUCAGUGGCUGGCCACCGACGCUGCGCCUUACAGGCUCACGGCGCUGCUCGACGGCUGCGGGCGGUGGACGUCGGAGGGGCCCAAGGAGGUGGAGGCAGGGAAUAGGCUUGGGAAUGUGGGUGGGAGGUUGGUCGUCGGGAAUCCGCCACCGGCGCCAGUGGUAGAGUUAUCUGCUUCAGCCUGAGGUUACGGACCGUCAAGCUGGCCGGUUUUCAUUACUCACAAGCGAAGGACUAGUGAAUUUUGUGUUCUUACUUCAAGUGAUUAUUUUGAUCCGUCAAAAGCAUGAGCAUUUUUAUAAGUUGUUUAUUGGUUGCUAGAAUUUUGUUUUGAGAAGUCUCCAUUUUGCUGGCAAAUUUCAUAAAACAUAUAUAGCUCAAUCUAUAAGGUUUUGAGGAUUGUCAUUGUAAUCCUCCCUCAAGCGAAGGACUACUGAACUUUGGGUCUUUCCCUCAACUGAUUAUCUAAAUCCAUUAACAAUAUUGUAUUAUCAAAUUUUUUGACACAGGAAAUUACCAUAUGCAGAUCUCCAUUAAUUUGCUAAAUAGAUACAUAUUUCGAAU